GAGGAGCUCAAGAUGUGGACCUUGUGGGCCACGCUGAUCUGCCUGGCUGGGGGGCAGCUUGCCAGUGCCACACUCUGCAGGACCUACGGCACCAUCCCAGGCAUCCCAGGAAUACCAGGACAGCCUGGCAGCGAUGGCAGGGAUGGGGAGAACGGCCCAAAGGGUGAACAAGGACCCCCUGGCCAGGGUGGAGCAGAGAGAGGGGAGAUGGGAGACCCAGGAAUGCCGGGCCCGCCUGGGAAGGUGGGUCCUGCUGGCCCACCAGGUCCACCUGGCAUGCCAGGUAUGGUGGGGAUGCCCGGCCCCAUGGGAGAGCCUGGUGACUACAAGGUCACCUCCAAGUCAGCGUUCUCGGCCGCCAGGAGCAUCAGCUCCUACCCCCGGCGGGAGCAGCCCGUGCGCUUCGACCGCGUCCUGGCCAACGCCAACGGGCACUACGAGAGCCGCUACGGCCGCUUCACCUGCCGCCUGCCCGGCACCUACUUCUUCACCUACCACGUCACCUCCCGCGGCAACCUGUGCCUCAGCCUCAAGAAGGGCCGAGGCUCCAGCAGGGGGGACAGGGUGGUGACCUUCUGUGACUUUGUGCACGGCAGUUUCCAGGUGACCACGGGCGGCGUGGUGCUGCAGAUGGCCAUGAACGAGUCUGUGUGGCUGGAGCCCACCGAGAAGAACUCCUUGGUGGGGCUGGAAGGCUCUGACAGCAUCUUCUCAGGCUUCCUCAUCUUCCCUGAGGCUUAGCCCGCUGGAGGUGUGUCUGUGGCCAGCCUCUGCAUCCCUGCAGAGCUGAGGACUCCCCUGGAAUCUCUUUUGCCUGGGGAAUACUGCUGCCAUUCUUUUACAAUAAAUGACAGCUCCUUGCACUAGUGGUCCCU